AUGUGCAUCUCAGAACCAUACAUAUUUGCUCAUCCUAGGACAGGGGAACCCACAGUCAAUCAACACAGUGGGUGGACGACGAUUACACCGAAAACAUACAAUCAGGAGGCGAGCUCGGUGCGAUUCUCGUUCCGUGCAGCGAUCUGGGUGUCAGACAGAAUCAAGCACCAGGAAGUUGAGACCACAUCGUCAGACGUAGCAGCGGUGACGUUACAAGUGGAAAGUGCUUUGCUAUUGCUCAUAUCGAUCUACGUCCCAUACAAGAGACCACAGGAAGAGAUCGACCUACAGGAGCGUAUAGCGUGCGCCCAAGACAUUAUACAGAAAACCCGGGAGAAAACAGACAGCGCCCUCCACGUAUACGUAGGGGGGGACUUCAACCGUCACAGCAAUGUGUGGGGAGGGAAGGAAGUAGCGCCAGACAGAAGAAAGGACGACUGGCCCAUUUUACAAUUCAUGGUCGAAGAAGAAUUGGACUCUAUGCUCCCGAGAGGCACGAUCACCUUCUCGCACAACAACGGACUACACCCGACUACUAUUGACUUAGUCCUGGUGUCACCAGGACUACAGGCGGCUAUGAUCCAGUGCAAACCCUCCGAUACAGACCACGGAGGCGACCACAGGGUCAUAGAGGCCCGCUUCCAGAUGCCCUGGGAGAUUAGGACGACGAGGAGACUAGGGAGAAAUUACGACAAAGCAGACUGGGGAAACAUCUGCAAGGCAGUUAGUAUCAUACCUCGACCUCGACAGAUCUCGACGAAAGAGCAGCUUAACGACGAGGCCGAGAGGUUUGUUGAAGCGAUUACCCAGAUAGUCGCAGAUAAGAUCCCAUACGCCAAACCUCAUCCAAACGCAAAAGGUGGUGGACACCAUCCCUUACGGCACUCCGGCUUACACUUUCAUCUUUACGGAACCAGGAGACAGAACGGAGAAGGAGAGACUCAAACUGCAGGGACUUACAUCAACAGAUCCAAGCAGUCCGAAAAGAUUACCUCUCACAAAUAG